AUGGGUGAAAUUCUAGCUGAGACGACCACUUCCAACACUCCAAUUCGAUUGGACUUUGCUAGCCCUUUUUACCUGCAUCCUUCAGAAAGUGCAAGUUCUACCUUGCCUCCUGUUGUUUUCGAUGGAACUAGCUACAGGUCAUGGAGACGCGUUGUUCUUAGGGCUUUAUUUGUUAAGAAUCUGCGAGAUAAAUUGCAAUAUGUCAACAAUGCCAAGGAGCUUUGGGAGGAAUUGGAGGUUAGAUAUGAUCAGACAAAUGGUUGUAAUCUUUAUCAACUACAAAAGGAGAUUAAUGAUCUUGUACAGGGAACUCUAGAUGUCACUAGUUAUUAUACCAAAAUGAAGAAAUUAUGGGAGGAAAUGAACACUCCUGAUUCAAUUCUCGGUGCACUUGUGUGUGUGUGUGUUUAUGAUGGAAAAAUCAAAAUGCAUAAGGCUGAAAAAGAUAGAAGACUCAUACAUUUUCUGAUGGGCUUUAUCGAGAUGUACAGUGUCAUACGUGGGAACAUCCUUAUGAUGACUACUCUACCAACUAUGGCACAAGCAUUUUCCAUACUAUCACGGAAGGAAAGGCAAAGGGAGGUGAAGCCCCUCAAUCACAUGGCCUUAGAAUCCACUUCUCUAAAUGCCUCUGCCUCACCUCAGCACAAUGUAUCACUACAACAAAUUCAACUUACAACCACUCUAAUUCUUGACAAUGUUUGA